CGGCGCUACUCUGGCCGUGUCUUGGACCGGUGUGAUUGGGAGGAAACCCCGUUGACUGCACUCAUUCGGACAGGCUGAGAGAAUCAGCUGCACCUUGGUACGCCGACAUCUGCUAAUAUUCAGUGAGCAGCCAUGAGCGAAUCACCUCAGAAGGAACUGGUACAAAAGGCCAAGCUGGCCGAGCAGGCCGAGCGCUACGACGACAUGGCCGCCGCCAUGAAAUCGGUGACAGAGGAGGGCGAGGAGCUGACGAACGAGGAGCGCAACCUGCUGUCGGUGGCCUACAAAAACGUGGUGGGCGCCCGGCGCUCGUCUUGGCGCGUGGUGUCCAGCAUCGAGCAGAAAGCAGAUGCCAGCGAGGGCAGACAAGCCAAGGUCAAAGAGUACCGGGAGAAAAUCGAGGGAGAGCUGAAAGAAAUCUGCAAUGACGUUCUGGUUCUUUUGGACAAGUUCCUCAUCCCCAAAGCAGAGGCAGCAGAGAGCAAAGUAUUUUAUUUGAAAAUGAAAGGAGACUACUUCCGCUACUUGGCUGAGGUGGCGACAGGAGACGAGAAAGACGGCAUCAUCAAAGAUUCACAGAAGGCUUACCAACAGGCCUUUGACAUCAGCAAAGCAGAGAUGCAGCCGACGCACCCGAUACGCCUCGGACUAGCCCUUAAUUUCUCGGUGUUCUUCUACGAGAUCCUCAACUCCCCUGAAGAGGCUUGCAAGCUAGCCAAGCAGGCUUUUGACGAUGCCAUCGCAGAGCUUGACACACUGAGUGAAGAAUCGUACAAAGACAGUACACUAAUCAUGCAGCUAUUGAGAGACAACUUAACACUUUGGACUUCUGACAACGCAGUCGAGGGAGAGGAAUCAGAGGAGCCCAAAGAAUGAGCCUCACCCUCAAAGUCAUCCUCGUCUGCCUGACAUCAUCCAAAGUCCUCUUUAUUGUGAUCAGCACUCGACCACCUCAUUCAUGACAUCCAGUUUGAUCCUUUGUUUCUCUAUCUAGGUCAUCCCUCUCUUUUUGGUUUGCUGUUUGUUCUGC